UCUGCUCCUGCCCCCCCCCGCACUCGCCCCGCUGAAGCCGGACGCUAACGCUAACCGGCGCGUUUGUCCUCCACAGAUGGCCAACGUCGUCACCUCGGUGUGCUGCGUGGUGCUCGCCGCGGUGGUGGUGGUGAUCGCACAGAGGCGCAGCCAGCAAGGAGCGCGGGUGCAGUACGAGCGCAUGGGCAGUGACGUCACCAUGCAGUGCGGCUCGCUGGGCAGCGACGCCUCGGCCACCUGGAAGGUGAACGGGACGGACGUGCGGGCGCGGCAGGUGCAGGACGGCCCGCGGCUGGUCCUGAUGGAGGUCAACCUGAGCAGCAACGGGCUGUACAGCUGCUUCCAGAACCCCGACGGGGAGAGGCGGGACCAGAUCAUCCUGCGCGUGGGGACGCCCCCUAAGGAGCCGGUUGUGAUGUGCCGCUCGAACACGUACCCGAAGGGCUUCUACUGCAGCUGGCACCUCCUGGACCCCACCUACAUCCCCACAGACUUCGACGUCCACGUCAAACAUAAUCAGAGAUCCCUGGAGGUCCAAAAGGACGCCGUGCACAAGAACCGGUGUCACGUGAGGUUCCCGGAACUCUUCUCCACCUUCAAAUACCGGGUGAACGUCACGGCAGUGAACGCGCUCGGCAAGGCGUCCAGCGCCAUCACCUUCGAUGACUUUGCCAUCGUCAAACCCGACCCGCCUGAGAAGGUGGUUGCCGCACCCGUCCCAAACAAUGUCCGCCGUUUGGAAGUGACCUGGAACAGCCCGUCCACGUGGCCCGACGUGGAGAACUUCCCCCUCAAGUACUUCCUGCGCUACAGGCCCCUGAUCCGGGAACAGUGGCAACAUGUGGAGCUCUCAGACAGCACCUCUCACACCAUCACAGAUGCCAUCGCAGGUAAAGAGUACAUCAUCCAGGUGGCAGCCAAGGACACGGAGAUCGGCACGUGGAGCGAUUGGAGCGUGGCCAUCCAUGCCACGCCCUGGAUGGACGAGCCCAAGCAGGUCAUCUCCACCACCGAGGCAGAGGGCAUUGUGGAGACGAGCCCAUCUCCGGCGCCGCCGUCUCCGAAGCCGCGGUUAGGGGUCUCAGCGGGCGCCUGCUCGCCGCUCCUGUGGUCCGCCCCCCUGCUCCUGCCGUCCGUCCUGCUGUCCCUCCUGUGAGAUCUAUGAUGCAUUCCUGUGAAAGAAAUUGUGGAGUCUUCUAUUUAGAUUUUGCACUUGUUUAAAUGGAUAUUGUGCAUUGAUGCUUUAAUUCAUGUUCCCCCAAAGAAAAGGAGAGAGGAAACACUCAAACAAAAGACAAAAAAACAACAACAACAACAACAAAAGCGCCACACAGACACAGGAUGUAGAACCAAAGGGAAGUGAAGGAUUCUGGGACCUGUGCCGCUGACCCUGCGGUGUACCUGUUCGGCCGUAGGAGGAGGAAUUUGUCGUCAUCUUUUCGUUGUUUUGUUUCUGGAUUAGGGACGGCGUUUCGAAUCAUCGUUUUUCCCAUCUCCGUGCAGCUAUGUCAUCAUGCCAAAGACUCGUCCUGGAAAUUACUUCCCACAAUCUUUUGCUUCCCGCAGCCUGUGCCUGUGUGUGGAGGAUUAACCCUGCCGUGCGAUCUCCAGGAACUCUCAGAGACCAACAGAGAACCAAGAUCACAUCCUGGAGCGUCAACUAACAUUUUGGGGGAAAAUAAUAAUGUAUUUCAUAACCUUUCCCAUUUUGUAUACAGUCAUAAUCUGAAGUGCAUACUUCACGUUCCCUUGACUAUGAUUCUAUUGGAGACCACAAAAAUGUAAAUGUAUUUUUACACUGACAAGAUUCCUGAUUUUGUCUCUGCUGUUAAGGCCUUAAAGUCACACAAAUAAACACUUCAUCAUUCUUAAAGAGGGAGCAGAAAAUUAACAUGUAUAUCUGUUUAUAUGGUACAUUUUUUAUGUAACUCACAUAGUGCAAACUCAUUUAGAAACCAGUCCCACUGCCCUGGGGUAUUUUAAGUUAAUGUUCAAAUUCUGCAUUUAAUAACAGGAAAUUAAAGUUAUGCAAAAGCAUAUGAGACCAGUGUAAUUACAGAACAAUGUGGAAAAUAAUACUGUUAUAUUAAAAAGAACCCAUUUCAUUAAUCUAUGAAUAGCCUUUCUUUGUACUGGUAUCCAACAGAGUUUUUAAAGUGCAUUGGAAUGUCACAUUUAUUUCUCCUGCUUUUCAUGAGGGUUAUAGUUUUAAGAAGCAAUUAUGUUUGUCAAUCCAUAAUUAAUAAGCUCAAAGUAAAAAUGCAAACUCUUGGACUUUUAACAUAGUGUCAAAUUUAGAGGUUUUAUUCAAUUGCCUUUUUACUUUUUAUUUCAACUUGAAAUAAAAAAGGAUGUAAGUUUGGACAAAAUCUAAUCAUGCCUUAGAUGGUUUAAAGUUGGCCUAACUUAGUUCACAUUAUUUUUUUAUUUUUGCAAACCUCAAAAGCUAAAAAAAAUAAUUUUAUGUUUCUUAUUUUCUAAUUAAAUUACGUCUGUGAGCUUAGAUUUACAGAUACACACAUAUUUGCUUAAUUCCCCCAGUCAUAUUUUGUAAACUAUGAUAUGUAUCUUUAACAUGAAAAGUUUAUUAUUUAAUAAUGUAUGUAUUAGCUUUAGAUUCUUGUAACCUGUAUCUGGGUUUUUUUUAAAUAAAUGUAUAUAAACAGAGAAGUUGUUCAUUAAAUGUGACCAUUUCACAAUGAAA